AUGGCGACGCGAUCCUGUUUGAAUUUCGAGUAAUAAAAGGAAACAAGGAGGGAGGUUGAUAGAGCAAAGGAGAACGAAUGGUCUAAGAUGUUCGUACAACGCAUGAACUAGCAAGUAUACCGAGUAGUUGGAGCUAUAAAGACGUGGGUGCGAAACAGAAAUUAUUCCCACGCCUCCUGUCCUUCUCCACAAUGGACAACUCCAGGCUGGUGACCGUCACUUUUGAAUUGCCUAGAACACAGCAUGCUCUUUCCAAGCCUGAGGAGUGGAAUGCGUCUUGGGAGCGUCUCUGUAGUUCAGGUCUCCUAGCCCCCCCACUUUGCCUCGAGUUGGCUCUUAAAAUGGAGCUAUGCGAAACUGGUGUCAAGGCGUUUGAAUAUUCCAGACUUCUCCAAAACACGCUUGGUCUUCGUUUUGAUAUUGGUGUAGAGGCUGUUGACCUGCUGCUCUACCAUGAUCUUGAAUCCAAGUGGCUUGCUGCUACGCGUGCUACCCGCAGGCAACAUGCUCUUGUUGGUUUAUCCGAGGCAGGGGCUAUAGCCAGAAAUCUCAACGAAGCCAGGAGGUUUACGGGAGAUAUUCUUACUCUUGAAAAUCUCAGUAAAGAAGGUCAUACCCUUAUCGACUUGCUCAAAGCUAUCAUUCCCGACGAUAUUUCCGUCCUUCCUAAGACACCAUGCCAUUUCCCAAAUGCCGCCUGGGAUUCACUCCGUGAAGAGCGCCAGAAAAAUGGGACCGAGUUUGAAAAGUUAUGGCUUGCUGAGGCACAUAUGCUCCGGUCAAAACUCAUCUAUCACGUCGUGCAGUGUACGUACUUGUCGUUCCUUGGACGGCCGCGUCCAAAGAUCACUGUAGUGAGAAAUCUCGGCCAUUCUCCGCAUGCCCAGAUGGAUUCGGUCGAAAAGGAGCUAAAGAAGAAGCUUUACGGUGGGAAAGCGGCCAAGGAGAUGUGGAAAGACGACAAAGCUGCUUGGAAAGAUCGAACCAGCCGGCGCGCGAACUCAUGCACCAAUUGCCUCAAAAAAGAGGAAGAGGGCCAAAAGUUUCCUCACUGUUCCAAGUGUUGGACUGCGUUGAAGCGAGAUGUCCCUUACUGUUCGAGAGAAUGCCAGACUGCGGACUAUAAGAGCAGACACAAAGCGAUUUGUGGUAAAGAAAUGGGCCUCGAAGACGCCGUGGAAACGGCGUUGAAAGCACGCGGUCCACCCAAGCCAACAGUUACCCAGAUAGGACCCGCUGUCGAAGGCUUUAAACGCUCUCCAGCUCUUUUGCAUCAUAUUUUCAAGCUAAACCGGGACCCGAAAACCGAUCUAUACAUUCGGAUCAAGGAGGGAACAGACAGCGAGGACUGUUUCAUGCGAAUGGACACUCCUUUUCCUCCCAUACAGAACCUUAUUCGUGCUGCUCGUGAUAAGGCUAUGACAACUGGCGAUCGCCAGAGCGCGGCGCUCGUGUGCCAUUUCACCGUAUGGUUUUUGCUUGCCAAAGGGCUUGAUAAAGAGCGUGGAUGGGAUUUCAAAGCUAUGAUUGAUGAAAUGACGAAAGAGUACGAGUUUCCAGACUUGAAAAAGGCGAUGCUGGAGUUGCAGGUGAGGCAGUUCCGAGAUCCUUUCAUGCGUCCGCCGUUGGUGCGGAGCCUGGCACCGGCUGAUUGGAUAGGUUAUGUGCGCAUCAGUCCUGUGGACAUGACCCGAAGGAUUGAGUGACGAGGUGGCGUUGAAGUGAUUGUACAGUUUUCUUGGAAGCAAUAGCCAUGCAGAUUUUGGCAGUGUAUUUCUAACACCAGCAGA